AUGACCGUGAGUACUCAAGGUUUUACGCUGUACGUCAAAGCCAUCGCAAUAAAGCUACGACGCGACGCGCUACGAUCUGCUGCGAAACGCCUACGAAAAUGCAACUCCUACGACGCGCUACGCAUUACCUACAACGCGCUAUGCAACUACUACGACGUGCUACGCAUUACCUACGACGCGCUACGCAACUCCUACGACGCGCUACGCAUUACCUACGACGCACUACGUAACUCCUACGACGCGCUACGCAUUACCUACGACGCGCUACGCAACUCCUACGACGAGCUACGCAUUACCUACGACGCGCUAUGCAACUACUACGACGUGCUACGCAUUACCUACGACGCGCUACGCAACUCCUACGACGCGCUACGCAUUACCUACGACGCACUACGUAACUCCUACGACGCGCUACGCAUUACCUACGACGUGCUACGCAACUCCUACGACGCGCUACGCAUUACCUACGACGCGCUACGCAACUACUUCGAUGCGCUACGCAUUACCUACGACGCGCUACGUAACUCCUACGACGCGCUACGUAACUCCUACGACGCGCUACGCAUUACCUACGACGCGCUACGCAACUACUUCGAUGCGCUACGCAUUACCUACGACGCGCUACGUAACUCCUACGACGCGCUACGUAACUCCUACGACGCGCUACGUAACUCCUACGACGCGCUACGCAUUAUCUACGACGCGCUACGUUAA